CGGGACCCGCUCCUUCCGAGAGCGCAGACCUCUCGGCGGGGAUCGAGAGGACGCAGUGCGCUGGCGGCCGCCCCUGCCUGGCCUCGCUCCGGCUCGCGCUGCAGCCCAUCGCCGCGUCCCGGGCUCAGACUCGGAGCGCACGGCUCACGCCCCGGGCAGCGGCGUGUCCCGGGAGCCCCGAUCGCGGGGCAGGGCUCAGGGCGGCGGCCAGCUGGGGAUGGGCGGCCGGGCUGCGGCGCGGACCCGCGCCGGAGGGCUCCGCGCGCUGCUGCUGGCGCUGGUGGCCGCGGGGGUCCCGGCCGGCGCCUACAACCUCGACGCGCAGCGCCCGGUGCGCUUCCAGGGCCCCGCGGGCUCCUUCUUCGGCUACGCGGUGCUGGAGCACUUCCACGACAACACACGUUGGGUCCUCGUGGGUGCACCGAAGGCAGAUUCUAAAUAUAGCACUUCAGUAAAGUCUCCUGGAGCUGUGUUUAAGUGUCGUGUCCAUACCAACCCUGAUCGGAGAUGCACCGAGCUGGACAUGGCUCGAGGGAGGACUCGGGGCGCGCCCUGUGGGAAGACCUGCAGGGGAGACCGGGAUGACGAGUGGAUGGGAGUGAGCCUGGCCCGGCAGCCCAGAGCAGACGGCCGUGUUUUGGCCUGUGCCCAUCGUUGGAAGAACAUCUACUACGAAGCAGACCACAUCCUGCCCCAUGGAUUCUGCUACCUCAUCCCUUCCAACCUCCAGGCCAAAGGCAAGGUGCUGAUUCCCUGCUACGAAGAGUAUAAGAAGAAGUAUGGGGAGGAACACGGCUCCUGCCAGGCCGGGAUAGCAGGCUUCUUCACUGAGGAGCUGGUGGUCAUGGGUGCUCCAGGUUCAUUUUAUUGGGCUGGGACACUCAAGGUGCUGAAUCUCACAGACAACACAUAUUUUAAAUUGAACGAUGAAGCGAUUAUGAACAGACGGUAUACUUAUCUGGGCUAUGCAGUGACGGCUGGUCACUUCUCUCAUCCAUCCAUCACUGAUGUGGUAGGAGGUGCCCCACAGGAUGAAGGCAUUGGAAAGGUUUAUAUAUUUAGAGCCGACCGAAGAUCAGGGACCUUAAUAAAGAUCUUUCAGGCAUCAGGAAAAAAGAUGGGCUCUUACUUCGGCUCCUCCUUGUGUGCAGUCGACCUGAACAUGGAUGGCCUCUCUGACCUGCUCGUGGGGGCCCCCAUGUUUUCUGAGAUUAGAGAUGAGGGGCAGGUCACCGUCUACCUCAACCAAGGACAUGGAGCCCUCGAGGAACAGCUGACCCUGACCGGAGAUGCCGCCUACAACGCGCACUUUGGGGAGAGCAUCGCCAGCCUGGGCGACAUUGAUGAUGAUGGGUUCCCAGAUGUGGCUGUCGGGGCACCUAAGGAGGAGGACUUUGCUGGUGCAGUCUACAUCUAUCAUGGUGAUGCUAAUGGGAUUGUCCCCAAGUACUCAAUGAAGCUGUCUGGGAGGAGGAUAAACCCGGCCCUACGGAUGUUUGGGCAGUCCAUAUCAGGGGGCAUUGAUAUGGAUGGAAAUGACUACCCUGAUGUCACCAUCGGAGCCUUCCUGUCCGACAGCGUGGUUCUCCUCAGGGCCAGACCGGUCAUCACUGUGGAUAUCUCCAUCUUCCUGCCGGGCUCCAUCAACAUCACAGCACCUCAGUGUCACGAUGGGCAGCAGCCUGUGAACUGCCUGAACGUCACCGUGUGCUUCCGGUUCCAUGGCAAGAAUGUACCAGGAGAAAUCGGUCUGAACUACAAUCUGACGGCUGAUGUGGCACAAAAGGAGAAGGGCCAGUUGCCCAGAGUCUAUUUUGUGUUGCUUGGAGAGACUGCGGGGCAGGUUUCAGAGAGGCUGCAGCUGACCCACAUGGAUGAGGUGUGUCAUCACUACGUGGCCCACGUCAAGCGGAGGGUCCAGGAUGUCAUCAGCCCCAUUGUGUUUGAAGCCGCCUAUAGCCUGGAUGAGCACGUGAUGGGUGAGGAGGUCCGGGAGCUGCCAGUCCUGACACCGGUGCUUCGCUGGAAGAAGGGACAAAGGAUCUCCCAGAAGAAUCAGACAGUUUUUGAAAGGAAUUGCCAAUCUGAGGACUGUGCUGCCGACCUGCAGCUUCGGGGGAAACUCCUGCUUUCCAGUGUUGACGAGAAAACCCCACACCUGGCCUUGGGGGCUGUGAAGAAUAUCUCUCUAAACAUCUCCAUCUCCAACCUUGGAGACGACGCCUAUGAUGCCAAUGUGUCCUUCAAUGUCUCCAGGGAACUCUUCUUCAUCAACAUGUGGCAGAAGGAGGAAAUGGGCAUUUCCUGUGAACUGCUGGAAUCGGACUUCCUCAAGUGCAGUGUGGGAUUUCCUUUCAUGAGGUCAAAGUCUAAGUAUGAAUUCAGUGUCAUCUUUGAUACAAGCCACCUGUCUGGGGAAGAGGAAAUUCUCAGCUUCAUCGUGACUGCUCAGAGUGGCAACAUGGAGCGCUCUGAAGCCCUGCAUGACAACACUCUCACGCUGACAGUGCCCCUGGUGCAUGAAGUGGACACAUCCAUCACUGGAGUUGUGUCCCCAACCUCUUUCGUGUACGGCGAGUCCGUGGACGCAUCCAACUUCAUUCAGCUGGAUGAUCAGGAGUGUCAUUUCCAACCAGUCAACAUUACUCUCCAGGUCUACAACAUGGGUCCCAGCACCCUUCCUGGGUCAUCUGUCAGCAUCUCCUUCCCCAGCCGGCUGUCACCCGGUGGCGCAGAGAUGUUUCAGGUCCAGGACAUGGCGGUGAGCCAAGAAAAGGGUAACUGCUCUCUACAAAGGAACCCAACCCCCUGCAUCAUCCCUCAGGAACAAGAAAACAUCUUCCACACCAUAUUUGCUUUCUUCUCCAAGUCUGGAAGAAAAGUGUUGGACUGUGAAAAGCCAGGGAGCUUCUGCCUAACGUUGCACUGCAACCUUAGCGCUCUCCCGAAAGAGGAGAGCCGCACCAUCGAUCUGUACAUGCUACUGAACACAGAGAUACUGAAGAAGGACAGCUCCUCUGUCAUCCAGUUCAUGGCUCGAGCCAAGGUGAAGGUGGAGCCUGCCCUGAGAGUGGUGGAGAUCGCUCCCGGGAACCCAGAAGAGACUCUGGUGGUCUUCGAGGCCUUGCACAACCUGGAACCCCGUGGCUACGUUGUGGGGUGGAUCAUCGCCAUCAGUUUGCUGGUGGGGAUCCUCAUUUUUCUGCUGCUGGCUGUGCUCCUGUGGAAGAUGGGCUUCUUCCGCAGAAGGUACAAAGAGAUCAUUGAAGCUGAGAAAAACCGGAAAGAGAAUGAGGAUGGUUGGGACUGGGUCCAGAAAAACCAGUGACCCACCAUGCCAGUCAUGUGAUGCCCUCAUGUCCCCAUCACCAGCCUGUGGUCCUUGAUCUUUGUAUCUUCCAUAUUUGGAAGAAAGAAAUCUUCUCCAGAUUUUUCGGAGGCCCCACUGAUGCUGUUCUCUUCCUCAUCCUGUCAAGCCCGGUGCCGACCUGAGAUGGCCACCUCCAGCCAGGUCACAUGACUGGGGCCACCACCACUCCCCUUCGCAAGAUGAACUCAGAACUUUGGAAAGACAAGCUACAGAGCAAAGCAAUAUUUAUGGAUGCAACAUUGUGUGGUCAACCCUCAGGGGAAAACUGUUACCUAAAAGUAUUUUUUAUAAAUGUAAGCCUUUUAUAUUGAUCAUGUCUUUAUAUUUGUAUCAAUGUUUUAUUAUUUCUAUUAAAUAGUUCUAUAAUUCACUCAAGCACUGAAAUCUUGGAAAUACAUGUACCUGCAUACAAAUUUUAAAAGAGAAGGAACUUAUUCUUCUUUGGAACUUGUUAGGGAAGAAAACAAAAACUUGCAGAUAAAACAAACUGAAGAAACCUCAUGAAAUGAAUCCACCAAGCUGGAGGCAUUGGGAAAGCAAGAAGGAUAUGGCAAGACCACCUAAGACAUUUAUUCCCCAUUGUUACCACCUGGAGUCAAGUUCAGAGAGCUUAAAGUAUCAGUGUUUUCUCUUCUGGACCUCUCACUGGGAGAUCCUCAGCAGGAACUGGGACGGAAAGCCUGGUUUCCUGCCAGCAGAUGCUCUGUAUCACUGUGCAGCAGGCACUAAACCCUCCUCUGGAGGCAGCAAGUGCUGGAUGGACAACUGGUCAACCUCAGAAUAGCAUCUCAUCCCAGACAACAUGUGUCAGAGUUCAGAGCCCAGGACCGAAGCUGGGCUCUCUCAGCAAAGGCCCGUUUUCUCUGUGUGUACACUGUUACCUUGUGGUAUAAUGCUAGCACGAGACUCUCCAUUUCCUCUGUCACUCUUGCUGUCCCCAACAGGUGGUGCUGCAGAUGCCUUCCCAGAGAGGAUCACCCCAUAUGGUUUGUGUUUAUGUCUGAGGUGGGAUUCUCAAGAACCCUGAAAUAGGACUUGGGUGUAAAUAAUUUAUUGAGGAAGUCUUCCCAGAAGGUAACAGCGAGGAAGUUGAGAAUACAAGAUAGGAAAGUGCAGGGAGCCAGGCAACAGUGUCCCUUCAGGGGACAACCCAUGAGGUAGCUUCAAACCAGUUGGAUCUAGUGGGCAAGUCUGGCUCAGGAACCUGGACUUUUUGUGAUGCCGUACCUGCAGGGGAUAUAAACUUUCUGCCCUUAGUUCUUGCUGACACGAUGAUUCUGUCCUCUAGAGGAGAACUUUGGGGGGCACCCUCAAGUAAGGAGAUCGAGAAAUCAUGCAAAGAACUCUGAGCCAAGAGCUUUGGUGCUCCCUACCCCACACAAGUGAAUGCUACCUUCAGCUUUGUGUAGCCAACAAAGCCAUGAGUCUCCGCUGGUCCUAGAAGUCAAACAUUACAUCUGACCCAUGACCAAGUCACACAUGGAGACAGUGCUUGCUCACUACAAGGAAGGGGUAGCCCAGAAAACCAGUGCACAUCCGGCUCUUAAGUUUUAUCAAAAGAAAUAAGGAAAGAAGUCUUGGGUUUACCAGCCAUGUAUAUCCUGGUCCGUGGUCAGGCACUAUCCUGGUGGAUCCCCUGAGAACGCAGUCCCCUCGUGCCUCAGGGUGGUAAGUCUCCCACAAUAGGUGCAGAGUGUGGAUUCUUCAUGAACCCCAUUACAGCUGUCCUGUGAUGGUCGUGAAUUGUGUCGUGGCUUCCUUUAAUAAAUCAUUCGAGAGUCUCAGGUGGUGAGACCACUAGAGAACCAUCUGGAGUUAUACCCAAAAUGUGUCUGUCCCCACUGGCUUACUUCCUGCAGAGGGUAUUAUUGCAUCCGUGGACUAGGAUGCAUCACUCAGCCAGCAGAGCUGCACCUGAGAAAGUGCAGACGGCAGGAAGGGCAGACUCAGCUGGAAUCUGGCCACUCAGCUGAAUCUCAAAUGGUGAGCCGCCACGAAUAGUCAUGUGCUCCGAUGUCACUACAACUUCAGGAGGCAGAUUUUAAGAAAACUAUGUGGUAGCUCAGGAAGCAAAUCCUAAAAGGCACCUGUCUGAUAAUGUUGAGAGCUAAGGGUGUGGCUGCCUGGCACAGAGGCAGGGAAGCCGGUGGAGCAUUGUCUUGGAAUUCUCUCAGCUGGGUAGUUCAACAUCUCCAUUCCAGUCUCCCUCCAGGGAUCAGGAAAAGUGGGCAGGUGGAUUGUCAUGCCUGUGUUAGCUCUUUCUAGAACAUUCUUUUUAAAAGCCCACUGUGUCUCCCGUUGCAGCCUUCCUCUGCCUCUGAGUUCAUUCUGCAGACAUCCUCCAGGGCGCUAUCACUCGUCUGCUUGUUUUUCAGUUGUGCCUUCUGUGGGUUGACCAGCUCAAGAAAGACUAGAGCAUCCCCAAAAUGAGUCCUGCCACAGAGAGGCUAUGAAACAUAGACAAACAAGAACACCAGCAGGAGGGCCCUGGGUCCUGUCACUGUGGUCUCAGGCAGUGAUUUGGGAAAGCACCUCAGGGUCCAGCAGUUUGGCAGGCUGCAUAAAGUUGUCCGUCCUAGUCCCCUGUCCAUCCAUCCUUGUGCCCCACCCCCACGCACCAAAUAUCACAUGACCUACUAAAGCCAAAGGCAAAGGAAGUCUCAAACAGCAUGCUGUUGGGACACCCCAGGGACCAGUGACCCCUGUGGUGUGCUACCUGUUGAGCCCCAGUGUGGUGGGUGUGGAAAUGUUAUUCACAUUUAUUUAAGGAUGACACACGGCUUUAUACCUGAUUACCCGGGAAAACGAAAACCUAGGGAAGGGGUGCCCAGUGUCAACUUCCUGAGGUUUAGCAGCACUGCAAAGCAUUGUCAUGAUGGGUGCAGUAGGAUGCAGCUCAGCCGCAGAGUGCUUGCAGGACACAGGGGAAGCAUCACUUCGGGGAACCGUCCCAUUGGCAAACAAAAGGCAGAAACUGAAUAUUCUCAGAAUGACUUCCUGGAGAACACAGAAUUUUAGUCGAUGUGGGUUUGGGUGGAGGAGUAUGUGUUCUGUGAUAAUGACUGAUGGGAGGCAGCAGAGCCCCUGGGGCCAAGGGAACCUUCUAGAACAACUUCUGGGUUUUCAGCACGAGGGGAGUGAUGAGAAAAAAACCCCAAGGUGCGGCUUGGUGCUCUCUAUAGCCGAUCUGCUUUUCAGUCUAUUAAAGUGUUUGGUUUGCUGUGUUUGAACCCGAUGUGCACAGUGUGAUUGAUGGUGUGAGUUUAAGCUUUCUGGGUGGUUUGUUGCCUGGCAGGCACCUCUGCUCUCUGCAUGUCUGCAGCUUUCCUGAGGUGCACACACACACACACACACACACACA